AGGUCGCACUGAUCUCCGCGGCCUUAACGGCGGCGCUGCUGCAAGGCAGCCGCCGAAAACAGCAUAACUUGAACUCCCCACUCAGCGCCAAAUCCUCCAAGAUCGAACCCCCCACCUGGGUGGUGGUUGACUGCCGGGUGGCUCGAAUUCGCCUUCGCUCUCGAUGUGAGCAAGCGAUUUUAUCGGCGCCUUCGUUCCCUGCGAUAUGGAAGACGCAUUCAACUUCGCCGGUGCCCUGUCGGGCUCUAUGCCACAACCACCGACGUAUACGACUGCUGUACCAAGCUCGUCGACCCCGGGGAGUUCCAAACCCUCCGCCUCUGCCCCAGCGCUACCUGUCGCGGUCGCGACCAACAAACCUCCACGCAUUCUCGCGUGCGUCCUCUGCCAACACCGGAAAAUAAAGUGCGAUAGACACUUCCCCUGCGCCAAUUGCACCAAGGCAAAUGUGCAAUGCACGCCAAGCACGCCCGCCCCUGCGCGGAAGCGCAGGCGGCCGAACCAGGAUCUGCAGGAGAGGCUGGCUCGUUGCGAGGAGCUCUUGAAGGAGUAUGCGGCCGAGAAGCCCGACCAACUCGCCGCGCGCCCGGCGCAGCCCCCCAACUUCCACGACGAAGCGUACAUAAGGUGGCAGCCUGAAGGGAGGCUCGUCAGAGAAGAUGGCAGCGUGCGCUUCAUGGACAGCCCUUUGCUGUCGAUCGUCUACGACGAGCUCCGAGCCAUGAGGGAGAUCGUGGACAGCGAGGACUCGGAUGACUUCGGUUCCGAGGCAAUAACGCCCGACGAGAAUUCCGAUCUGAUUCUUGGUGGCGACAGUCCUGGCGCGAAGGUGGAGGAUCUCUGGCCGGAGGCUGCGCACAUGCUCCGCCUGUGGCAGAUCUUCCUCGACCGGGUGAACCCGCUGACCAAAGCCAUCCACGUCCCGACGCUGCAGCCUUACGUCGCCGAGGCCGCCAACGGUCCCCAGAACGUGCCGAAGAAUAUCGAGGCGCUCAUGUUCUCCAUCUUUCUGAUGGCGGCUGUGUCGCUAACACCGGAGGAGUGCCGGGGUUUGCUGGGAUAUUCGAGGGAAGAAGCGGUGCAGAGGUAUUCGUCAGGAGUCCGGUUAAGUCUGCAACGCAUCGGCUUCCUCAGAUCUCACGACUUGCCAACCCUCCAGGCUCUCGUGCUUUAUCUGAUUUCCCUCCAGGGCCGGUACAACCCGCACGCCACGUGGAUUCUCAACGGAGUUGCCGUCCGCAUCGCGCAGAAGAUGGGCCUACACCGCGACGGCGAGGCUCUCGGUCUUCCUCCCUUCGAAUCGGAGAUGCGAAGGCGUGUUUGGUGGCUAAUCUUCAUGCUGGAUUUCAAGUACGCCGUUUUUUCCGGGCUCACCCACUCCUGGCUGCCGAGAUACUGCGACGCGAAGCUUCCAAAGAACCUCAACGACGCAGAUAUGUUCCAGUCGGCCACCGAGCCGUUCCAAGACCGCGAAGGACCCACAGAAAUGAUCUUCUGCCUCCUCACGUACACAUUUGCCAGGUUUGUUGUCGAGCAUCCCGGACUCGAAAACGUGGUCAUGAUUGCGGAGGGAGUGUCGAACAGCAAGCGGCCCACGGAGGAGGAGCUGGCCGAGUAUAUGCGUGGGUUUGGGCAGCUCCGGGAGAAACUCUUGGAAGUCUUGGACAAGUACUGCGACCCAACGGCUGGCCCUGUGCACGAGAUGGCAAUUGCCAUGAAGUCGCACCUCACGGACAAGCUCAACGACCUGAUGACGCCGCUCAAGGAGCGUCCCGACGGGGAAGGGGAGGUCAGGUCGGCGCAAGACAACGCAUUCAAGGUCGCCAUCAUGACGCUCGAGCACGACGAGACGAAUUACGUGUUGAGCAAGGACAAGGGCUUCGCCUGGUUCUCGCUGCAGCACUUCCGGCUGGAGCUCUUCAUGUACGUGGCGGGACAGCUCUGCAGCCGCACCGAGGGCAAGCUGGUGGAGCGCGCGUGGAAGCAGGUCAUCGUGGUCUACUCGUACCACCCGGAGCUGUUCGACGUGACCAACAAGAACUACGCCGCGCUCGCCGUCUUCAUCCUCAAGGCGUGGAGGAAGCGCGAGCAGGUCAUCCUGGCCCGCACCGGCACGAUGCCCGAGGUGCCCUCCUGCAUCGAGAAGCUGCGCGCGUGCAUGCCGAACGAGGACAUUAAGACGGAGCCCACACCCCCGGAGCCGCCCUACACGCCCGCGAACCUGAACAUGGACCUCACGCCGGGGCCGAACGCCGCCGGCAUGCCGCAGGACCCGCUCGGCCAGUUCUGGAACUUCUUCGACUCGCAGGCGCUGGACUGGGACAUGUUCGGCAGCCCGGCCGUGAAUGUCGACGGCCCGGCGGCUACGAUGAACGGGUUUGGCGGGUUUGGAGCAGCGGGGCCUUCGGUGGAGUGGUGAGCGCUUCGGAUCGGCGAGGGAAUGGAACGGGAAUGCGCCGGGGCGAGAUGCAGGGUUUCUGGAGGGCUUGGUUGGAUGUUUCGUGGUGGCCGACGAGGCCCCUCCUCCCCUUUUUUUCCCCUCCCCUUACGAAGUCGGCGGGAGGCUGCAGGUUGUUGUGAUAAACAAACCUCCCCUCAUACCCUUCACCCUCGGCCCCCCAACCUUUCCCUCACCCAUCCCCCGC